AAUGCGUGUUAUGUGCUGCAGGGCAAGGUACGGUUGUGGUCUGCUCAAGGGAGGCUGGGACCGCAGGACACCGAUUGGCUCUACCUGAUAGCAGGGCGUGGCCAGAAUAUGAAUGACCGCUGCCGCCUUCUGCUUUGGCAGCUUUUUGGGACGGCUACGGAGGAGGCAUGUGGUGUUUGAGAUUGCGCAUGCUGAGCGCACAGCAUCUGAGCGAGUGAGAGAAGGUGCAAGGAAAAAAGAGGAAGGAGGGGGAGACAGAGAGAGAAGGAGAACGGGAGCUGGUGUAAAGAGAGGGAGGGAGCUCCAGGCAGAAAGAGCGGGCUAGCGCUCAAACACUGCAGUCUUUCUUUUGCUUCUGUGAAGAAGCUGUCUCUUCUCACUGUCUCGUUGCUCGGCCGUGACCCCGUUGGACGCCUUGAUCAUUUAGAGAGGAGGAGACAGACGCUCCACAGCGGAGGAACCAGAGGAGGGGACACUUUUUCGCCUUUGCCGAUGAGAGUCUGGAAAUGAACACAAAUGAGGGAGUUGAAGAAGGCGACUUGAUUUGUGACGUGUGUGGUCAGUCGGGAGAGAAAGGAAUCACCGCAACACUUUUUGGUUGGAAUUGACAAGUUGGGGCGCUCAUAAAAGAAGUGCUCAUGGAGACGAAAACAGGAAUUGUAAUUCCCAAAGAUUGAGUUGCGUAUGCACGUUAUCCAUCCUUUCAUGCUUGGCAGUGUUCCAGCGGCACUUUUACCGGCAUCUGUCUCACUUGUCAUUUCCACUGCAUGUCAGCAAAAUCCCAUCUCCCACAUGCACAGUGCUGAGACACGGCACGAACGCAUGUGUUUAAGAAGUUCCCAAGAGAUCCCGAUGGGAAAGUUCUCAUGAGAUCAGGUAGGACAUUUCUGUAUGGUCUUGACAGUCCUGAGAAGCCCGGAUUUAGACCAGAGGGGUUGUUCAAGCUCUCCAGUCAUCUGCCUGAUUAAAGUGUUCCGAGAUGAACCUGCAAACCAUUUUAUCGGCCAGAGCAUGACACCUGUGUUGGAAGGAUUAGAGGAAGGGGAACAGGCAUGGUCAGAUGUGUGUGCUUGGAUUAUGUCCUAAACACAUGAGAAUUACACAGGUGUUGUGGUGGGAUUACGCACACUCUCCUGCCGUAUUAUAGGCUUUAGGAGUCAGGUGAAUGACAGAGCAUUAUCUCCAACAGAUUAACUCAGAUCAAGCUAUGACUCUUAUAAUGAUUGAAUAAUCUGCUCCGGGAUUGGAUAUUUUCCCGAUUGAUUUUGGAGUGAGGAUAGGUGAAACCAGCACCGGGAUUCAGCAUCAUCACCCCUCCGUGGAAUGACUUCUGCUUCCUCUCUGUGAACUUUCACCGUUGGCAAAAAAAAGCUCGCAUUAUGAGACGCUCAAGCACGGACGAGACGCCGUACCGGCGUAGUCCAUCUCUGGACAGCAAACCCGACACGCCGCCGUUCUCCUCUGGCUUCCAUCGCUUCAGCGGAGAGUUUGAAUACAAGCGGCCGCCGUUUGCAUUCGGCUUCCACACGACAAAGGGGCCGCAAACGUCCAAGGGCCGCGACGGCCAGGGGAAGAAGUAUGUGGUGUUUUACCUGGACCUCUCCUUCAUAUUCCUCCUAGAACUGCGGCGCUGCAGGAUGGCUGAAGGUUGUAUGAUGGCCCUGCGUUACGGGAUGGUCUUCUUCAACCUCCUGUUCUGGUUGGGAGGAUGCGGCAUACUGGGGGUGGGGGUGUGGCUGUCAGUGACCCAGGGCAACUUUGCAACCCUGUCAUCGUCCAUCCCCUCCUUGUCGGCAGCCAACCUGCUCAUUGCACUGGGGACCAUCAUCAUGGUGAUUGGCUGUCUGGGAUGUGUGGGGGCUGUCAAAGAGAGCCGUCCUCUUCUGCUGGCGUUUUUCAUCCUCCUUCUGGUCAUCUUUUUCCUCGAGAUCUUGUCCAUCAUGCUGUUCUUCAUCUACCAAGACAAGAUUGACCACUAUGCCCAGAAGGAUUUGAAGAAGGGCCUCCAGCUCUUUGGCACUGAGGGCAACGUGGGUCUGACCAACGCCUGGAUGAUAGUUCAAACUGAUUUCCGCUGCUGCGGUGUGACCAACCACACAGACUGGUUUGAAGUCUACAACGCCUCCCGCGUGCCGGACUCCUGCUGCCUGGAGUACAGCGACAACUGUGGCCUAGACAACCCAGGAACUUGGUGGACGGCGCCGUGCUACGAGCGAGUGAAGGACUGGCUUAAUGAGAACCUGGUGGCCCUGUGGAUCUUUGCUCUAUGCACAGCACUUACUCAGAUCCUGGGCCUGGUCUUCUCCAUGACGAUGUUCUGUCAGGCAGUCAAGGUGGAAACCUUCUACGCUUAGCCCUCCACCCUGAAGACCUUCAGUGCGUCUUAAGCAGGACGGAUGCAGCCUUCCUCUUCCCAACCAUACUCUUGCUCACUUUCAACAAGCACAGUGUUCUACCUUUGCUAUCAUUUGCUAUGUGUCAGAUACUCAUUCAUGUGAUGCAUUUUACCAAGCAGUAUAAUGAACAUGUGUUAAGCAAUGUAACCUGUUUUUAAUGUGUUUGUUUUAAAUUAUUUUAUGUUUUUAUGUGUUUUCAAGCAAGAGGUUCAGUGAAGCGAGUGCACUGGUGAGGUGCUGCAAGUGCAUGUCUGCCGCGAUGGCGUGUAAUAAAUGUUUUGGAUCUACAGAGCAGUCAGUGUGUCGGUACUCAUCACGCAACGCUUGAGGCUUUUGGUGUGUAAUCCAGUUGUAUUUAUGUCAAUGAUGUACACCACAAAGGAUAGCCAUCGUGUAAGCCCUCUGUAGUCUACAAGUGGGACACGUGUGGGUGGCUGCUGUGAUGGAAGUGGAAGUGGCUUGUGCCUUGCGAGAAGCCUCUGUAGUCCGUCUGGUCUCUGCUGGACGUUCCUGGGCGAGUGACUCCCAAGCGUUGAGGUUCAUGUCUGUAGCUUUGAAGGACCCUUGAGGCAGUCUCUGAAGCGGUUCUUCCGCCCCUGAUCCAGGACCUCUGUGUCCGGGAUCUUGUCGUGCCACCUGAUGCUUAGUAGGCAGCUCAGGUGGAAUUGGUUUAGGUGGUUGACAGCACAGUGGAACCUCAGUUAGCGUCCGCCCUGGUUAGCAUGUUUUUCAGUUAACUUGACCUCAUUCUCCAGUUAGCUACAAUAAAGUCAGCUUCCUGUCAUGCUGUUAAUACACAGCGCUAGUCCCAAAACAAAACACAACACGUAAGUCAAAACAUCAUAGCAGAAUGUCUCAACGCAAAAGCUUCUACCAUGAAAGUUCAUCUGAAUGAAAUAAAGCACGGACAACCAGGAGAAACUAACCAACCUCAAAAAUAGGAUUUUCACGUAUUGAAGCAUUUGAAAGCAGCAUCUUUCCGGCGGGCUGGAGGCUGUUUUCCCUCCAGCCCCAACGCACACUUCAAUGGCAAAGAUUAUUCAGCAGCGUUUGAAGCCUCCUCCAGCUCUUCUGACUUUUACCUCCACCUCUUACCUCGGGUCAUCAUCCGUAAUCCAUACUUAAAGCUCACUGGAGACGUAUUGAUUGAAUUUUCCCCUGGAAAAAAAAAGCAUCAGGUUGAAACUUUCAAGUUGCUUUAACUGCCAAGCAAAAAUCACAGUCACCAGGCUGCACGGUUAUGAAUCAUUCCCUCGACUGAAUUAUUCACAUAUGCUGUGAAGUACAUGCAUUCAAAAGAUUAUAAAAAGCAUUAUAUCCCAAAGGAGACAGUCGCAAAAGUGUUAAAGUGCACACACGAUAACACCGCACCUUCCUGAGGUCAUUUGAAAAAGGGCGACAAAAACGUCAUAAAGUGAGUCAUUCCCGACGGUGCAGGCAGCAUGACAAACAGCCUCGGCUCGUAAACCAGCUUUGCUACAUGCGUGGCGUCGCAAAUGUCUCACACGGAGCUGAACAGACCACAUCCUGUACGUAUCGUUACAAUUGUUCCUCCUGUCAUGCAGGCAUCAUUUAUUGAUGAACUUCCAUAUUGCACAAAAUACACUGUAGAUCAGGGGUGCUCAUUAAGUCGAUCGCGAGCUACCGGUCGAUCGCGGAGGUGGUACUGGUCGAUCGCUGGUCGAUCGCGGCGUGACAUUAAAAAAAUAUCCUACCAUCAAUGCCGUCACUUGAUUGAUAUACAGGGCAGCCAUUCAGAUGACAACUGAAUGUUGCCCUUCGGGCGACCAAUCAAAUCAAACAACGUCUCUAAGUGCAGCAGAACUUACGAUGUCAGCCUAUCAUCCAUCCCCGUUACUUGAUUGACAUACAGGACAACCAGUCAGAUGACAACUGAAUUUUGACCUUUAGGUCACCGCUCAUGCGUAAACAACGAUGCAAAGUGCUAAGCUAGUUGGCGAAUUGCGAGAUUUUAAGCCCUCGCUAAAGUUUAUGGUCACUAAAAUGAGUGAAGGAGCUGGACCAAGUAAAAAGGCAAAAACUGGACCAAGUAAAAAGGCAAAAAACAUAUCACUUCCAUACGGAUAUGGAAUAUUAUACGGAUAUUAUGAUACGGAUAUUAUCCAUGACUGAUAAACAUUUGGAAGUGUGCUUGAGGCUGGCUAUCAGCAGCUACUGUCCGGACUAUGCAUCCCUGGCUGGUUCAAUUCAGUGCAAGUCAUCAAAGUAAACUCAGGUAAUUACAAAAAAUGUUAAUAGUUAAUUAUGUGUGUUUUGCAAUAUUGGCUCAUUUGGUUAUGUAAGGUACAUCAACAUACAUUGUACGUACAAAUAAUCCUCAAUACAUUUGAAAAUAAAUAGAUGUUUUGCAUUUUUGUAGUGGGUAGAUCAUUUUGACUCGGUCAUUUUAAAAGUAGCUCGCAUGCUGAAAAAGUGUGAGCACCCCUGCUGUAGAUGAUUUGCCACUUGGAGGAUGAUUCAUUUGAGAAGCGCGAAAGGAUAACGUUUUAAAAUGGACUUUAUUCAACAGAAUACUAUGAAUGAUGCUCAAUACCCACCAAUGACUAAAUGACAGAUCUUCUACAGCAACUUGGUAUUCUGUUUGAAGAAAAUAAAUAUUGAUGAUGGGGCGGCAUGGUUCAAGCGGUAGGGUGGUUGCCUCCCGACCUGAAAGUUGCAGGUUUGAUCCUCCUGUGAUCAUGUGGAAGUACAAUAUCUUUGGGCAAGAUAGUGAUGCUCCAGUUGGUCCUGAUGCUGCGUCAUCAGUAGGUAAAAGUGCCGACAGUGUCAAAACGUUUGAGUGCCUUGGAGGUGGAAAAGCACGAUACAAGUGAAAGACUUAUCACUUAUGGUUGGGAUUUUAAAAGCGUGACGUGACAUUUACCUGUAUAUUCCUGGAAAUAGUAGACUUUUUUUCUAAAAACUGAUUUCCGAUUUCACUUUGACAUCGAACAAACUAAUGAUGCUAACUGAGUUUCCACUGUCACAGCAAUCUGUGGGGAUAAUUUCCGCAAAACGUUAUUUUCAAAUGCCAAUUUUGACAUGAAUGGACAUGAACGCACAUUAAUGGCUUGUCCAGCAUGUUUUUAUGCUGUACGUUUGGGCUGGGAAUUUGAGUUACAGGCGUAAUGAUUCUCCACCGGGGGGGAUUCAAAUUUCACUCCAUCAUGGAUUUUCAAAAAUAUAUUCAUUACUGAAUCAAUCUGUUCCGUGGUUGAAUAAGACCUGUUAUUGGUUGUGAAAAAUGCACAUUUACAUUUUUUUUCCCCAAUUGUUUACACACAUUAUCUGAAAGUAUGCAGCCUAUUCUCAGAGACACACAAAUACAAAAUGGUAUUUUGUGUUCAAAUGACAAACACAAACAAUGGAAACAAUGGAAAACACACCUUUGACUUUGACCUUCUUUUGUUCAGUGUUAGCCAGACUGUACACACAUACAAAGUGUGUUGUGAAAAUACUCAUACACUGUAACAAUUAUCUAUUUUUUCCAACAAAAAGAACGUACAUCCCAUCAUUAACACACAAAUAUGCACAUCACAUUACAUACAGUGCUCUACAUACAAAACAAAUAAGAAUUGACUGGAAAAAUAAGUAAAGUGGAAACCGGCUUAUCAUGGUGGGGUCUGGAACCAAUUAACCACGCAAAACAAGGGAUUACGGUCCUUUCAAGGAAAUUGCUUUUGUCUUCUUUCUGUCUUCUUGUUUACAUAGGCUCUAAGACUUCCACUGUCAGGCACAUUGAAAAAAAAAACAGUCCCGUGUAAACAACCUCUUGAGAUCCAUCAGGGUUACGGUGUCAAGUUGUUGGCUUUCAGAAACACCUGACUAGAUUACAAAUAUUUCCUGUUUGGCUUUUGGAAGUCAUCGGUACAAAGCUAUGCAUGUUUUCCAGUGAAUACGAAGUCAGUGAUAAUGAUUGUGAUGAAUCAUUAAUGCUUGAGAGCAAUUUGCAGUCUCAUAUGAUGCAUAGUAUUCAUUAUUUAAAGGUAAAAUAAUACAUUGUUAAUAUAUUUUUGGAAUUAAACACCUAUACAUUAUGUAUACAAUUAUAUAAGUCAACAUUUUCAGGAAAGUUAUGUCAAACAAGGGGCCUCUCCACAUGACUCCACAUAUAGUUAUGUGGCAGUUUUUGAUUCAUUAAAAAAACAAAAAAUGAUACAUAUCCAGCUAUAAAAGGCAAAUAUACGUAGGAUGUGAUUUCAGCAAGAAGAUUUUAUUGUACGGGUCCUAACAGUGUGAGAGCUUUGGUGUUGGGGUGGUGUUUCAGAUGUUCUGGAGAAGAAAUAAGUCUACUUUAUGUGACCAGCGCUGGAAAAAAGUUAACACAGCCUCACAGCAACUGCAUUAUGAAACAAGAAAUGAGAACUAUAAAUGAAAAGGACAUUCUGCUCCCGCUGGCUAGAAGAAAGCAGCAGGAAAGGACUCUUCACUGGGGAAAGAAAAAAAACUGCAGCGUGGGGUCUUUCUGUCCAAUACAAGGAUGUAGAAGUUGGAGGAUGAGCAGGAAUAGCAGCCAAUGAGCUUGACACCAUGGUUACUGAUUUUAUAAAGUGAAAAGACCUUUUCAUGGAGGAAAUUCUCUCAGAAAUGUUGUGAAUCCUAAAAUAUAUAUGCUAACUUCUGUUCAGCCUUCCUUUCUGCUGCUGUGGACUAGAAAGAAAAAUUUGUCAAAGGACGCAUAUUUAAAAGGCUUUCAAAUUCAUUCAUUCAUUUUCUACCGCCUUUCCUCACGAGGGUCGCGGGCGGUGCUGGAGCCUAUCCCAGCUGUCCGGGGUCCACCCCGGACUGGUGGCCAGCCAAUCACAGGGCACAUAUAGACAAACAACCAUUCACACUCACAUUCAUACCUAUGGACAAUUUGGAGUGGCCAAUUAACCUAGCAUGUUUUUGGAAUGUGGGAGGAAACCGGAGUACCCGGAGAAAACCCACGCACGCACGGGGAGAACAUGCAAACUCCACACAGAGAUGGCCGAGGGUGGGAUUGAACCCUGGUCUCCUAGCUGUGAGGUCUGUGUGCUAACCACUCACCCGCCGUGCAGCCAUGGCUUUCAAAUUGUAUUCCAAAAUAAGCAAUAUGGUGGUGGCAAACGGGUUUGUCCACUUUCUUAUUUUUUGCCACACUUAAAUGUUUGUGAGCAUCAAAGAAAUGUAAAUAUUAGGGAGAAAAAAUGACUGUGUCAUGUUGCGCUCUUAUUUUGGUGUGCUGCACUUCCUGUUGCAGCAGCUUGACCCCAGUGUAAUUGUACACGUCUGGUGGCAAUUACAGUACAAUCAGGGGAGGUUGAAAGCCCAGUGUCCCCAAAGGGACGGCGCUGGUUUAUUGCGACUGACUGGUGUACCCUCACCUGUGCUGUCACCUGAACUGAAGUUUUGUGCCUGUUGCCUCUGCCUGAUUGUUCUGUUGUCACAGAGCCAUUUUGAUUAUGUCAAAAAAAUGACUUUUACAUACGCCCUGCUGCUGGGAUCUCUGCAUCCUGGGGGGGUCUAGCCAUCGACAGCUUCUCUGGUUGUGACAGACUGCCCCCUCAACCUCAUAACUGGUUAGGCCACCCUUAGCAGCAACAAUUGCAAUCAAGCGUUUGCAAUAACUUGCAAUGAGUCUUUCUGUGAGCUGAGGUCUGGUCAAAUUUCGGUGAGGAGGAACGUCGUUUGGGUUAGUUGCUGGCGCCACUUAAUAAAGAGUUUGGUUGUUCAAAAGAGCCUCCUCGAAAAAAAACGAGAUCUCUUCCACUGAACACUAUCGCCUGUCCAUGGUUGUGUAUGUGAUGAUGGUCACGUUACAGCCAUCUUCAUAAAGUAGGUUUUUUUUCAAUGAGGCAAUUUUGUGCGUUCCUCUUUUGAACAUCGUUUCAAGCAGCCAAACGACUUAAGUGGUGCCACCAGCUAACCGGAAUUACGUUCCCCAUCACCAAAAUCUGACCCCAACUGCGUGCACGGGAACAAAGUGGGGGUAAGUCACUGGGGAUGUCAUACAAUUUCAUGUCCAAAAAUCUGAACUAUGCCUUUAAGUGUGUGUCGAGGUGAGAUUUAACCGUGUUUGAGUAAGAACAAUGCAUCGAUUGUGUGUCUCUCAGUGUUUUCCCAUCAGUCAUAUGUACGUGUUGUGUAACUCUGAUUGUGCUAUGUGAGUGUGUCAAGAAUAACUGAAUUCAUCGGUAUGACAACAUCUAACACUAUAAUGGAAUUCAAUAGAAACGAUAACACAACACACGCAACACGAGGACUGACUUCAGCUCAUAGAGCGGAUGGAGGAUUUUGCUUUUUCUUUAGCUUAUUUGUCUUGCAAAGAUUCCCCCUUGGUGUGUUUGUCAAGGGACAGAUUGUGUUGAUAUGAACAGUGGAAACUGUCAUUUUGUACACUUCAGGACAUAUUUAUUUUGUUUUUAUUUCCAAUGGGAAAAUGUAACUCUAAAUCUAAACAAACUGUUGCGGAAAAUUAAAAUACUCUUCCUAAAACCUUACUGGUAGUUUUCAUCCAUAUCUCACAUGCUUUUAGCAAGCAUUUUUAAUGCUAGUGUAUAUUUUGCAGUCAGAUGGGAUAUUUGUGACAAUCCCUUUUGAAGGAUAUGUUGCCACAGCCCGGAGCAAUUGGAGGUUUGGUACCUUGCUUAAGGGCACCAUGGAAUUGUUUAAAAAGCAUCCAUACCCAAACUUCAUCCUGUUCAGUCUAUAAUGUCUUUUUUUUUUUUUUGGCAUUUUGUGUCUGAUUCCUUGCCUUGAAUCUGCUCGCUUGUGAUCCAACGCAAUUGUAUGACCACAGAAAAUGGCCUUCAUGCUGAAACGCAAAUGAAUAUUAAUGUAUGAAUAUUUUCAAUCCAUUGUACUGAUGACCGCUUUGUGCGUUAUUAAUACCGUAGUGUGAAUGGUUGUUUGUCAAUAUGUGCCCUGCGAUUGGCUGGCGACCAGUCCAGGGUGUACCCCGCCUCUAAUCCGAAGGCUCUAGCAUACCCCCAAGACACUAGCGUGGAGAAGCAGUAUAGAAAUGGAUGGACUUACACCAAAACCCAAGGACUACCUGUAUAGGGCAGAAUGUAAUAAAGUGGAAGUUGGUCCCGUUUAUGUCAACAACCUGAACAAGUCAUCAAGUCCUGGUCCAUCGUGUUAUUAUUUAUUACUAAAAAGUGCCUGCUGAAGUCGAAGUUGACCGCCAGGAAUUCUGGGCUAGUUUCGUUUAAGUCAAACAAGUCAAAGUGAAACGAGUUCCACAAAAGAGCGAGAAGUAACAACAGUCAUCUUAUUGACAUGCAUGGCCGGCAGAUGGUAUGGUACAUACGUAUGUAUGUGUGCACCAUUUCCAACUGGAGCACAAGAGUUCCCGUUGACUCCAUUAGUGGGGACAUAGGGUUUCCCACUAACAACACACGAAAAACCUGGUCCAAACCCCAGAGUCUCCUCUCAUCCUCCUGUUACCUCUUCAAUUCACCUCAGCGCUCCAGCAAACCUCUGUUUCCUUUCCCCCAUCCAUACAUUAUUCAUUCCCAUGUUCUCAGGCUUUCUCCCAUCUUGUGCUUGAUCAAUAAAACAUACCUGUGUGCUUGUUCCCUCACCUCUCCAUCCUCUCACCUUGUUCCAAAAGCCAAAUAGUGAGCCCAUGUAGAGCAGAUAAAACAGCAUAGAUGGAUGGUCUUUUCAGUCUGGGCAAAAUUGACAACAAUUCAGGCCACGACACCUUUUGCGUGAGCUGGAUUUUUAAUUUGGGAGGCGCCAUAUAUCCCCAAGUAGUUUCUCUGCAAAGACACUAAGUGCUGUCGGAAGAGACACACAUAAGAACCGCACUUCUUAUUUUUAUUCUUUCACUUGAGAAAAUAAAAAGUUCAUUUGAGGGGACUGAACUCCAGGACGCCCACGGGUGGUUGAGACUGUCGUGGAACACUAAAAUGGACUGAGACUUCACAAAGUGGUUUGUUCGUUUUAAAAGGUGUGCGCAGGGGGGCUGCUGUUCACGUUUCAUCUUUUCCACCAUGAAGAAGGAAGCAUCACAACACCCACAAGCUAUUGACCUUGUGUUGAUGUUAGAGACCGUUUUCCAACAGGCUUACAGAUGUAUCUCGAUAUUGACGGACAGAGCUAGCCGUUCAAAAUUUUGAACAUUUCUAAUGGCCGGCUUUGGAUAGCGACUAGACUAGACUUUAGACUUUUAUGGCUUUUGGGCAGGCAAAUAGCUCGUCCAUCUCAGCCAUGGAAGUCAUACGCCAUCUGGUUUCACAGCCUUGACAUGUACAUAUACAGUAAUCUAGGGCUGGGUGAUAGGAACCAAAAAUUCAUAUCCCCAUAUAUUUAGGUUGAAUAUCGAUACACGAUAUAUAUCGAUAGAUGUGGCAUGUUGCCGUUCACUGGAUUAACAAUGCUGGCCUUUUUGGGGGCAUUAUGUAGGCUUCCAAAAUCAAUACUCAAAUUAUGCAGAUACCCAUCGCGCAAUGAGACCAACCCAUGUGCAAUGAACCGUGACAACAUGACAACUCAUCAUUAUCUCAACUACCCGAGCACUAAGUCAAUAAUAUAAAUACAUUUCUGGGGAUCACAAUAGAUGAAAAUAUGAGCUGGAAACCUCAUAUUACAAAUAUACAACAUAAGGUGGCCAGAAAUAUUUCAAUAUUGAACAAAGCAAAAUUUGUUCUCAAUCAGAAAUCACUCCACACUCUUUAUUGUUCUCUGGUUCUACCAUAUCUUACUUAUUGUGUGGAAAUAUGGGCUAAUAACUAUAAAAGCAAUCUUCACUCGCUAAAUGUACUGCAAAAAAGGUCAGUAAGGAUAAUUCAUAAUGCCGCCUACAGAGAACAUACUAACUUAUUUCUAAAAUCACCAGUUCCAGUUCAUUCAUUCAUUCAUUUUCUACCGCUUAUCUUCCUGAGGGUCGAGGGGGUGCUGGAGCCUAUCCCAGCUGUCUUCAGGCGAGAGGCGGGGUACACCCCGGACUGGUGGGCAGCCAAUCACAGGGCACAUAUAGACAAACAACCAUUCACACUCACAUUCAUACCUAUGGACAAUUUGGAGUGGCUAAUUAACCUAGCAUGUUUUUGGAAUGGGGGAGGAAACCGGAGUACCCGGAGAAAACCCACGCAUGCACGGGGAGAACAUGCAAUGGAAGGCCUGUGUGCUAACCUCUCAGCCGCUGUGCAGCCCCGUUCCCAGUUCCCUCAACCGAAAUUAAAGUUGAAGCAAUCAGUGCAAGCAAGAAACAGAAAAUAGCAAAAUAAAGGUAGAGAACAGGAUCAAACCAAGUCAAACCAAGAGUCUGUAACAUUUGAAAAUGUUUAACUGUCAUAUACUAAGUGUAAAAACAGAAUAAAUUAAAGAAUAAUCUAAAUAGAAAUAAUCAGUUCCGGGGUCAAAGUGUUAUU